AUGUCUUACUCUGAAUCUGACGAGUACGCUCGUACUUUUGACAACCGGGUAGGAGGCACUGCUAUACAGGAAAACGUCGAUUCCCAAUACCAGGUCUCUGAGCACCUGUUAUGGGCUCCGCGCAAGAUGCGUGUGGCCUCCAUCGGUGCCGGGGCUUCUGGAAUCAUGAUGUGCUACAAGAAAGAGAAAGAGUUUGGUGACUCUAUUGACCUGGUCGUAUAUGAGCGCUAUCCCCAGUGCGGCGGUGUUUGGUAUGCAAACAAAUACCCUGGGUGCCGAUGCGAUGUUCCGUCCGCCGCGUACCAAUUCGCGUUCGCCCCGAAGGCAGACUGGUCCCGCUACUACUCUCCAGCGGGAGAGAUCCAACAGUACUACCACCAAUUUGCCGUCAAUCGCGGCUAUCUCGACAAAUAUAUCAAGGUGUCCCAUCGAGUGGACAAGGUAGUCUGGGAUGAGAGCGCCAGUCAAUGGAUUUUAACCAUCACGGAGACUUCAGAUGGGCCCGAGGAGAGAACCUUUGAGGAUAGAGUCGACUUUCUCGUCUCAAACACGGGAGUGCUCAAUGCCUGGAAAUGGCCUGAUAUCCCCGGGAGAGAAGGAUUCAAAGGUCAAAUCACGCAUUCCGCUGACUACGACACGUCCAUCGAUCUCGCGAACAAGACUGUGAUUGUCAUCGGAUCAGGGGCUUCUGCAAUACAGAUUGUACCGGCCAUCAAGGACCAAGCGAAGAAAGUCAUCUCUUUCUACCGCACGCCCCAGUGGAUCGGCCCAGGUCUUUCUACGGAAGGUUACACAGAUGAGGAGGGCCGCAAUUUUAACUAUACCUCUGAGCAGAAGCAGUCUUUCUCGGACAACCAUUUGCAGUACCUCGAACAUCGCAAAGCAAUGGAGAACAAGAUCAAUCAGAGCUUCCGUGGCAACAUAUCAGAGCACCCACAGCAGAAGAUGACCCGAGACUUCAUCAGCCAAAGAAUGGCUCGAAUUUUAGGCCACGAUGAGAGGCUCACCAAAAAGCUCAUUCCAGACUUUCCGGUCGGCUGCCGUCGGCUCGGCCCGGCAGAGGGGUUCCUCGAGUCCUUCCUACAGGACAAUGUGGUUCUAGGCGAGGGCGACAUCGAAGCCUUCACCGCAAGCGGUCUCACAACACGAAAUGGAGAAGAGUACCAUGCCGAUGUCAUCAUCUGCGCGACAGGAUUUGAAGUGAGCUUCAAGCCUCAAUUCCCAGUCAUUGGUCGCAAUGGGCAAUCAUUGGCAGACCAAUUUGACAAGGAGCCGUCAGCGUAUCUUGCUCUGGCAGUCAAUGGCUUCCCGAAUUUUAUGAUCGGAUCACUUGGACCCAACUGUCCCGCUGGCCACGGCUCGUUUGUGACCGUGCUCGAGGCAGCGCAAAACUACGUGUGUAAAGUCAUCCGGAAGAUGCAGACCGAGAAUAUCCGAGCGGUGGACAUCAAGCCGGAGGCUGUGGCCGAGUACAACGAACAUGUGCACGAGUGGCUGAAAAGAACGGUCUGGGCAGCUGGAUGCCGGUCAUGGUAUAACCAGGGGAAGCCUGGCGGAAAGAUCACUGCUCAAUACCCAGGCUCGCUGGUUCACUGGCGGCUGAUGCUAGAGGAGCCUAGGUUUGAGGACUACAAGAUCGACUACCGUCAGCGCAACAGAUUCGAGUUCAUGGGCAAUGGCUUCACGUUUAAAGAGGUCCUUGGAGAGGAUCUGGCAUGGUAUCUCGACCCUGAGUAUGUUGAGAAGCCCCUAUUUACGCACUGA